UCAACCAUGAGUGGACAGAGAUGGCGAGCGGCGGGCAAAAAGUGGUGCUGAUCACCGGCUGCUCGUCGGGCAUUGGCCUGAGGAUGGCUGUCAUGCUGGCCAAGGACCAACACAAGCGCUACCAUGUCAUAGCUACGAUGCGAGACUUGAAGCGCAAGGACAAACUGGUGGAAGCUGCAGGCGAUGCAUACGGGAAAACACUGUCUCUGGCCGUACUGGACGUGUGUUCUGAUGAAUCGGUCAAACAAUGUAUCAACGGCAUCAAAGAUCGCCAUGUCGACGUCCUCAUCAACAAUGCGGGCAUUGGUCUGGUGGGCCCACUGGAGAGCAUACCCAUCGAGGAGAUGAAGAAGGUGUUUGAGACCAACUUUUUCGGUGUGAUUCGAAUGAUCAAGGAAGUGAUGCCUGAUAUGAAGCGGCGCAAAGGAGGACACAUCAUCGUGGUCAGUAGUGUGAUGGGCCUCCAAGGAGUGGUCUUUAAUGAUGUCUACGCUGCAUCCAAGUUUGCCAUGGAGGGCUUCUGCGAGAGCCUGGCCGUGCAAUUGCUAAAGUUCAAUGUCACGUUGUCAAUGAUUGAGCCUGGCCCAGUUCAUACAGAGUUUGAGGCCAAGAUGAUUCAAGACGUGCGUCAGAAGGAGUACCCGGGAACCGAUGCGGACACAGUUCACUACUUCAAGAAUGUCUACCUUCCAUCUUCUGUGGACAUUUUUGAGACACUGGGACAAACGCCGGAUGACAUAGCCAGAUGCACCAAAAAGGUGAUUGAAGCCAGCAGCCCGCGAUUCCGCAACCUGACCAACCCCUUGUACACGCCCAUCGUGGCCCUCAAGUACGCUGAUGAGACAGGCGGCCUGUCGGUUCACGCCUUCUACCACAUGCUCUUCAAUCUGGGCCCGCUCAUGCACAUCAGCAUGACCGCCAUGAAGUACCUCACCUGUGGCUGUCUGAGGAGCCGCACUGUGUCGCCAAACUGAAGAAGUCAAAUCACAAAUAACACUAGUACUACAUUAUCGUUGGGGUGUAACAGCUUGCAAAGAGAUUUCUGGUAACUUUCAGAAUGGUUUCCUCAAGAUUUCCAUGACAAGUUAUCAUGGGGAAUUUUGGAACCGUUCAAUGUGUAUAGUGGCAUUCAAGUAUGUAUUUAAGUAUUCCAUAUUGCCAUAAACAGACCCCCACGAAAAAAGAUUGCUCUCCUCACCAACAUAAUCUGAUGAGAAAACUACCUAAAUUUUGUCAUUUUCCCCUCCACUUCAAAUGGUCACGCAGAACUUCCGCGUUUCUCACAGUGCAAUAUUCAUUUCCUAAACACAAACAAACACACCAAAAAUUUAAUCUCGCACUUUCUGAGAAAGAAAGGCCUUACUGCAACAGAGUAUGGAAUUCAUAUUUUACUGUAAACAUUUUCAUCCAAUUGGACACCUCCAUCUAUUGGAGAGUGUACUGCUAACAAUCUGCAGUUUUAUUUGUCUAAUUCAAAUGUCAUUAAAGCUAUUCUUGUUUACACAAAAGAAAAAUGAAAUUUCAAGUUUUGCAUCUUUGUACAUAUCCUUGAGUUCUGUCCGUCCCAGUGUUAAAUGUCUGUGAAAAAAGGAAGGUGUCCAAUGGUGAACGUUUCAAAUGAAUGACGCCAUCUUGUGGACUUUUCUUGGACACAUAAUUCGGGGAUUGUAAAAUGAUAAGGACCUGCUACAAUCAAUGUUCGUUGCAAAAAAUAAAAAAUAAAAA